CAACAUCGGAAGAUCUCCGGUCAAGCUGACAGUUUGGUCUCGGCACCAUAUCGCAAGCUUUCAUUUGUUGUAUGGAGCUUUGUAGCCUAUAUGAGAAGCCUAGUAAGCUGGCAUUUUGGAAAUAAUUCGGGUUUCCGGAUGUAGGAAGAGCGGGCGUGUCAACGGAGGACUCUGGUAGACUCCGAGAAGGUGCCAAAUCCGAUUUCUUCUUGGAUGGGAUUAGUGAUGGCAGGAACCGGGAUCACAUUUCGUUUUAUAUAUGUGUCUCCAAGUGGAUGCCAGUUCUCUCUGUUCAGCAAACGUAAUCUUACUGCAGUACACCGUACAGUUUCCUCCUUCAGCCUCUCUGCUUUCAUUGAAACACCACACCCUUCAAUAUGCAACAUUCUAGUACCCAUCAAGUGGACUCUACCACAAGCCUCCAUGUUGUCUCCUCUGGAACUCCUGAUCCUCUCAAACCGACGCUCAUAUUCCUCCACUUCUGGGGUGGUUCAUCUCGCACCUAUUCAGCCACCAUCUCACACCUCUCGCCACACUUUCACUGCAUAGCUGUCGACUUCCGAGGCUGGGGCUCAUCUACUGGGCCCAAUGUACCUGGAUCUUACUCCAUCCACCAGCUCGCCAGCGAUAUCGAGACUCUUCUUCCUGGCAUGGAUGUCCAGGACUUCAUUCUCGUGGGGCAUUCUAUGGGAGGCAAGGUUGCUCAGCUCAUAUCAGGCAGGAAUCUCGUGAAAGGACUCAAAGGUAUCGUGCUGAUCGCUCCCGCGCCUCCAAUACCAUUUGAGCUUCCCUCGGACAUGAAAGAGCAGCAAUUGACAGCUUACUCGAGCGCCGCGUCGGCUGAGUUCGUCGCGAGGAACGUCCUCUCAGCUUCAAAGCUUUCUGACGUGACAAUUUCAGCGUUGGCAGAAGACAUGCUGAAGGGGAAUGAGUUUGCCAAGGCGGCUUGGCCUGAGUAUGCCAUGAGAGAGGACAUUGUUGAGGAGGCGAACAGGAUCAAUGUUCCGGUUUUGGUGAUUGCUGGAAGGAAAGAUAUCGUCGAACCUGUCGAAAGAGUCAGAAAAGAAGUGUUGGAGAAGAUUCAGGACGCUAGGAUGGUGGUGAUUGAAGAGUCUGGACAUAUGCUGCCGGUCGAAGUCCCCUUGUUGGUUUCGAGACAUAUUGAGCAAUUCGUUGCUAGGGUUGUUGCCCAGGAUUGGUCGAGGAAAGAAGGACUUGUAAGUCCCGGACAAAACUUUUAAGGAAAAUCUGAGAAAACGUAAAGGCUCCUUUUUGCUUGCCUUUCUCUCUCAUGUCGUUGCCGCCUUCCUUGUAAGGUUAGUGCGUCGUGGAGCGAGCAGUGCAGUCGAUCUAUGUACUACAUGCCAUGAUAAUAUCCUCAAGAACCUUAGAAAUUGUGCAAACGUA